AUGCAAAUGAUCGGAUCGGCGGCCGAUUCCAAAUCGUUCAAUACGGUUUCUGACCGCUCACGUAGGUUAGGUAAACCAAUAAAAAAGACGCGCCGAAAGAUUUUUUCGAGGAAAUCUCCAGGACCUUCUUUGAGAAGUUUCGAAAAGGUCAAGGUGAUUCGAAACUGGAAAAGAGAUUUUUAAAAAAUCUGGCACCUUUUUUCAAAAACUAGUCAAAUAAAAAAGUAAUAAUUCAUGUAUUUUAAGAAAAAAAUCACUAUAGUGUUAAAAAAAAAGUUAUAAAUUUGGGACUUUCACCUGUCUUGGACUGUAGGAAAACAAAGGUUUAAGAAGAAAAAAAGAGUAAGAUAUCAAUUUCCCAAAGUAAAAGAGAAAAAGCCGAAAAUUCGAUGCAGCAGGCCAAGUGGCUACUCUAGGGCCCAUCAGUUCAAACUCAUUGAAGUAGUCGGCUCCUGACCGCAUAGAUAAAUAAAUUCAGCAAAAGCUGAAGGUCAAGUGGUCACUCUAGGGUCCAUCAGUUCAAAUUGAUUAAAGUAGUCGGCUACUGGCCGCAUAGAUGGAUAAGAUUAGCAGAAGCUGAAGGUCAAGUGGUCACUCUAGGGUCCAUCAGUUCAUAUUGAUUAAAGUAGUCGGCUACUGGCCGCAUAGAUGGAUGAGAUUAGCAGAAGCGGAAAACCAAGUGGUCACUCCAGGAUCCAAAAUGAGGAAAAAGCUCAAACUUUAUCUGACCCUUCAGACCCAAAAUGAGCAGGCCAAGUGGUCACUCUAGGACCCAGAGAAUCCUAUCAUUCUCUAAAAUCAGAUAAGCAGUUAAAGUCCAAGUGGUCACUCCAGGAUCCAUAGAAACCCUCGAGGACAAGUGGUCACUUUAGAGUUCGUAAUCUCAGAACCUUACUUAGUAGCUGACAUGAGGAAGAGGCACAAAAACUCUCUGACAAGCAGAGCUGAAGGCCAAGUGGUCCCUCUAGGGCCCAAAAGUCAACAUCUUCUCAGAUUCUUGAGAAACAACUGACAUGAGGAGUACACAUCCGACCCUCUGGAUUCAGAAUGAGCAUAGCUGAAGGUCAAGUGGUCACUCUAGGUUCCAAAAAGUUCAUCACCUCCUCAGAGUCUUGAGAAACAACUGACAUGAGGAGUAAACACAAACUUUCUCUGAUCCUCUGGAUACAGAAUAAGCAUAGCUGAAGACCAAGCGGUCACUCUAGGGUCCAAAUAGUUCAACAAGAUCAGAGUCUCAAGAAACAACGGACAUGAGGAGUGAACACAAACUUUCUCUGAAAAAGCAGAGCUGAAGGCCAAGUGGUCACUCUAGGGCCCAAAAAGGACAACACCUUCUCAGAGUCUUGAGAAACAACUGACAUGAGGAGUACACAUCUGACCCUCUGGGUUCAGAAAAAGCAGAGUUGAAGGCCAAGUGGUCACUCUAGGGUCCGUAAUCUCAGAACCUUAAUAAAGAGCUGACAUGAGGAAGAGGCACAAAAACUAUCUGACAGAGGAAUAAGCAGAGCUGAAGGCCAAGUGGUCACUCUAGGGUCCAAAUAGUUCAACAAGAUCAGAGUCUCAAGAAACAACGGACAGGAGGAGUGAACACAAACUAUCUCUGAAAAAGCAGAGCUGAAGGCCAAGUGGUCACUCUAGGACCCUAAAAGUUCAUCACCUCCUCAGAGUCUUGAGAAACAACUGACAUGAGGAGUACACAUCUGACCCUCUGGGUUCAGAAUAAGCAGAGCUGAAGGUCAAGUGGUCACUCUAGGGCCCAAAAAGUUCGAAACCCCAAUCACGUCAAGGAGAAUGGGCGGUCGCCGCCGACAGAGUGUCAAAUUGCAAAAAACCGCGUGCGGGGCGACAACAACAUGCAAAAAAAGAUUGGAAGAUGGCGUGAACUGGAAACUGUCGGUCCAGCCGUCGCCGUGUAG